CCCAUGGCUUUCUAGCGAGUUCCAGCCGUCAGAUCUACCAUCCCUUCAACGUGUGUUCUUAACCUGGAACACGCCACGAGUUUUUUUUUUUUUUUUUUAAACGCCUUUAUAGUUUAUUCCUAGGAGCAAGAAAUUCCAUUUUCCGUUGGCCAAAAAAAAAAAAAAACAAAAACAAAAAUAAAACAAGCAAAGAAAGAAAACGAAGUGUUCUCCGCACCAAAGAUCUGGAGGCCUGCCUUCAAGUCUUUGGUUGCAGUAUAGCUAUUCGGAUCCGGGACUGAUACUCCUCUUCCUGAAUCCACCGCGUUUAAACCCCCGUCGCAAACCCUAGACUUCCAGCGUUGACGAUAACCGGAAGACUCUCUAUCUCGCGCAUUUUUUCACUCCCACCAUUUUCUUUUUGCUGUAAUCUUUAAUUUCGAUGUAGAAAAGCUGGCGGUUGAUUAUUUUAUUGCACUGGUGGAAGAUCGGAAAAGUGCCGAUGGUGAAAAGAAAAGAGUGCGACUAAUUAUUUGGAAAGGUCAGUUCAGGGAACUGCGCCUUGUUUGUUCUACGGGAAAGCUCGGGUUUCGAAUAGGAGAUAAAGACUUUUCCUUUUCUCGUGGUGGGAUAAGGAACUGGAAUGAUCCUUAAAUAUAACUUCUUCCCUUCCCUGAAGCUGCAUAAUACAAUUCUCAAGACUGUCAUCGUUUAGCCGGGCAUUGCUUGCUUGAGAUAGACUCGUUCCACCCUGGUUAGGGCCUCUUUCUUUGCGUUUCAAGCUACUUUCGAGAGCUUGAAGAAAUUAUCAGCUGUAGCUGGUGUCUGCAUCUGAUGAUAAGAAGCAGAUGAUUUGCACUUGAGUACUGCUAUAAGUCAGAAAGCUGAUGGCGUCUAAAGGUCCGAGGUCUAAGAUUGAUCACGAGAGUAGAGCAAAGCGGCAAAAGGCACUUGAGGCUCCAAGGGAGCCUCGGCGUCCUAAAACUCAUUGGGAUCAUGUCAUGGAAGAGAUGGUGUGGUUAUCAAAGGACUUUGAGUCAGAGAGGAAAUGGAAAUUAGCUCAGGCAAAGAAAGUUGCUUUAAGAGCUAGCAAAGGCAUGUUAGAUCCGGCUACAAGAGGUGAAAAGAGGAUGAAGGAAGAAGAGCAGCGAUUAAGGAAAGUGGCACUGAAUAUUUCAAAGGAUGUUAAGAAAUUUUGGAUGAAAAUAGAAAAGCUGGUUCUUUACAAGCAUCAGAUGGAGCUUGAUGAGAAAAAGAAAAAGGCACUUGACAAACAGCUUGAGUUUCUUUUGGGUCAAACUGAAAGGUACUCAACCAUGUUGGCAGAAAAUCUUGUGGAUGCUAUUAAACCAGUUGAAAAAAAGUCACCAGAGCAUCAUAGGAUUUCCGAAUACAAGGGAGUAGAUGAAGACUUUACCAACAAAUCAAAUGAAGCUAAUGCUGCAGUGUUUCAGUCAGACCCUAUUGACAAUGAUGAAGAAUACAAUGUACAAUCCGAUGAUGAAUCGGAGGAUGAUGAGCAAACCCUUGAGGAAGAUGAGGCUCUUAUAACUGAAGAAGAAAGGCAAGAGGAGUUGGCUGCUUUGCAUGAUGAAGUUGAUCUUCCGCUGGAGGAGUUGCUGAAACGUUAUUCUGGAGAGAAAGGACCAAGUCAAGAAAGUACUCCGGCGCACAGUGAUGAUGAUAAUGGAGAAGUCACAGCUGGUGAUGGAAAUGAAAAUGGAGACAAUUUAUAUGGUAGCAAGCUUGGGUCAAGCAACUCCAGCAUGGUCUCUGGUCGUCGUUGUGAUGACAGUAAUGGUGGUCUAACUACACCAGCGGAGAAUAUAGCCAAAGAUAAGACCUGUCAAUCUGAAAAUAUGAAGCUAAUUUGUGGUGAGAGGGCCACUGAAAAUCUUGCAUAUGACUUUAGUGAUGAAGAGGGAGAUGGUGACUUCUUGCUUGGCACAGAAGACAAUGAUGAUGAAACAACCUUAUCCGAGGAGGAAAAAUUGGAAAAAAUGGAUGCAAUUGAUCCAAAGGAUGAGAUUGCUUUAUUGCAAAGGGAGAGUGAUAUGCCUGUUGAGGAACUCCUUGGAAUGUAUAAAAAGUAUUCCAGUGGCAAACAUAGGGAAGAUGAAUCUGAAGAUGCUGCUUCUUUAUCAGAGGAUCUUUUGGAUUCUUCACUGCUUGAAGAUGAUGCGAAGAACGAUCCUGUUGUUUCUGGGGAUGAACAUGUCAAGCCUUUUGAACACAUGGCUUUUGUACAGUCCCAUACUGAAGAACAACAUUGGGAAGCACCUCAUGAAAAUCUGGAGGGAAGGGAGAGUGAAAAUCUGAUUGCAGAUGCAGCAGCGGCUGCAAGAUCAGCACAACCAACUGGAAACACCUUCUCCACAACUAAAGUCCGCACAAAAUUCCCUUUUCUUCUGAAGUACCCUCUCCGUGAGUAUCAACACAUUGGAUUGGACUGGCUUGUAACAAUGUAUGAAAAAAGGUUGAAUGGGAUUUUGGCAGAUGAAAUGGGGCUCGGUAAAACAAUUAUGACUAUAGCUUUGCUUGCACAUCUUGCUUGUGAAAGAGGGAUUUGGGGCCCGCAUCUCAUUGUGGUACCAACUAGUGUCAUGCUUAAUUGGGAGACUGAAUUUCUCAAAUGGUGUCCUGCUUUUAAAAUUUUGACUUAUUUUGGUAGUGCAAAAGAGCGGAAGCUUAAAAGGCAAGGAUGGUUGAAACCAAACUCAUUUCAUGUAUGCAUAACAACUUAUCGAUUAAUUAUUCAGGAUUCUAAAGUCUUUAAGCGAAAGAAGUGGAAAUACUUGAUCUUAGAUGAAGCUCAUCUCAUUAAAAAUUGGAAGUCACAAAGAUGGCAAACCCUCUUGAAUUUCAAUUCGAAGAGACGUAUUCUCUUGACUGGUACACCGCUGCAGAAUGAUCUUAUGGAACUCUGGUCUCUAAUGCAUUUCUUGAUGCCUCAUGUUUUCCAGUCUCACCAAGAGUUUAAGGAUUGGUUCAGUAAUCCUAUAUCUGGCAUGGUGGAGGGAGAGGAAAAAGUAAAUAAGGAGGUUGUUGAUCGCUUGCACAAUGUCCUUCGUCCAUUCAUACUCCGUCGCUUAAAACAAGAUGUGGAGAAGCAACUUCCAAUGAAACAUGAGCAUGUCAUAUACUGCAGAUUGUCAAAAAGGCAGCGGAAUUUGUAUGAAGACUUCAUUGCUAGUACUGAGACCCAAGCCACUCUUGCAAGUGCCAAUUUUUUUGGGAUGAUUAGUAUUAUAAUGCAACUCCGUAAGGUUUGCAAUCAUCCUGACCUAUUUGAAGGUCGUCCUAUUAUCAGUUCUUUUGAUAUGUGGGGUAUUGAUGUUCAGCUAAGUUCUUCUGUGUGUUCAGUGUUCUCAACCAGCCCCUUUUCAUCAGUAGACCUAAGAGGUUUUGGAUUUUUAUUUACUCAUCUUGAUUAUAGCAUGACUUCAUGGGAGAGUGAUGAAGUAAAAGCUAAUGAGACCCCUGCGAGUUUAAUUAUGGAGCGUGCUGAUAUGAAUGCCCUACAAGUAUUUAGGCCUGAAUCGAAGGAUCAGAAAAGUUUCCAAGGAACUAACAUUUUUGAGGAAAUUCAGAGGGCAAUUUGGGAAGAGAGGCUGAGAGAAGUGAAGGAACGUGCGGCAGCUAUUGCAUGGUGGAAUUCCUUGAGGUGUAAAAGAAGGCCUGUCUAUUCAACAACCCUUCAGGAUCUUCUUACCAUUAGGCAUCCUGUAUAUGACAUUCAUCAGGUGAAGGCUAACCCUAGGUCAUACAGGUAUUCCUCAAAGCUAGCUGACAUUGUCCUCUCACCAAUUGAACGGUUCCAAAAGAUGGUUGAUGUGGUUGAAAGUUUCAUGUUUGCAAUUCCAGCAGCACGAGCUCCACCUCCUGUUUGCUGGUGCAGUAGAAGUGAAACGCCUGUGUUUCUUCAUCCAUCAUACAAGCAGAAAUGCUCUGAAGCUUUGUCACCCCUUCUGUCACCAAUCAGGCCAGCAAUUGUCCGACGGCAGGUUUAUUUCCCAGAUAGGCGUCUUAUCCAAUUUGACUGUGGGAAACUGCAGGAACUUGCAAGAUUGUUGAGGAAAUUAAAAUCAGAAGGUCACCGAGCAUUGAUAUUCACACAAAUGACAAAGAUGCUUGACAUAUUGGAGGCUUUCAUUAAUUUGUAUGGUUACACUUACAUGAGAUUGGAUGGAUCAACACAACCAGAAGAGAGGCAGACCUUGAUGCAACGUUUUAAUACAAACCCCAAAAUUUUUCUUUUCAUCUUGUCAACCCGUAGUGGGGGUGUUGGUAUCAAUCUAGUUGGAGCUGACACAGUUAUUUUCUAUGAUAGUGACUGGAAUCCUGCUAUGGAUCAACAAGCUCAAGAUAGGUGCCAUAGGAUUGGUCAGACACGUGAAGUUCAUAUCUAUAGAUUGAUAAGUGAAAGCACCAUCGAAGAGAAUAUAUUGAAGAAAGCAAAACAGAAGCGUGCACUUGAUGAUUUAGUUAUUCAGAGUGGGGGUUAUAAUACUGAAUUUUUCAAGAAGCUUGAUCCCAUGGAGUUAUUUUCAGGUCAUAGAACAGUUCCUGUGAAAAAUAUGCAGAAGGAGAAAAGCCAGAACAGUGGGGAUGAAGCUUCUGUAAGUAUUGCAGAUGUGGAGGCAGCAUUGAAAUAUGCUGAAGAUGAAGCAGAUUAUAUGGCAUUGAAGAAAGUAGAACUGGAAGAAGCUGUGGAAAAUCAGGAGUUCACAGAAGAAGCUAUUGGGAGACUUGAUGAGGAUGAGUACAUAAAUGAAGAUGAUAUUAAAGUGGAUGAGCCUUCAGAAUUAGCUGAAUCAGUUUCCAAGUCAAGUAAGGAGAAUGCAUUAAUGUUAGUUGGAAGUGAUCCUAAGGAAGAAAGACAUCUCUCUGUAUCUAUCAAAGAUGAUGAUGUUGACAUGCUAGCUGAUGUCAAACAGAUGGCUGCGGCUGCAGCUGCUGCUGGACAAGCUAUAUCAGCCUUUGAGAACCAGCUACGCCCAAUUGAUCGGUAUGCCAUUCGAUUUCUGGAGGUGUGGGAUCCAAUUAUAGAUAAAGCGGCCUUGGAAUCUGAAGUUAGGUUUGAGGAUACAGAAUGGGAAUUGGAUCGCAUUGAAAAGUACAAGGAGGAGAUGGAAGCUGAAAUUGAUGAAGAUGAAGAACCUCUUGUAUAUGAAAGAUGGGAUGCUGAUUUUGCGACUGAGGCAUAUCGGCAGCAAGUAGAGACCUUGGCUCAACAUCAGUUAAUGGAGGAACUUGAGAAUGAGGCUAAGCAGAAAGAAGAGGCUGAUGAAGAAAAUUGUGAUCCUGGAAAAAUUCAAACACCAAGGGAUUCUAAGCCCAGGCCUAAAAAGAAACCCAAGAAAACCAAGUUUAAAUCGCUGAAGAAAGGAUCUUUAGCCUCUGAAUCCAAGCCUAUGAAAGAAGAGCCACAAAUAGACCCGAUGUCAAUAGAUGAUGAGAUUGUCACUAGUCUGGACCAUGCAUCUCCAAAUUCAACUAUGCAGAAAAAACGUAAAAAGCCUAAAUUUAUAGCUGAUGGUGAAGAGGAGAAGACGAUAAAGAAGUCCAAGAAAACCAAGAGGGCUGCUGAUAUUUGUGCUUCAGAUUCAGAUAAUGCCUUGUUAGGUUUGCCGGAUGAACAUGCAGAAUCAAAGCAAUAUGAAGGUAUGAUUGAAUCUGAACAGAAACCUCCCAGCAGGAGUAAGAUGGGAGGGAAAAUAACCAUAACUCCAAUGCCAGUCAAACGUAUUCUGACAAUAAAACCAGAAAAAAUGAAGAAGGGUAAUGCUUGGUCCAAAGAUGGGGUUCCGUCAGCUGAUUUUUGGUUGCCACAGGAAGAUGCAAUUUUAUGUGCAAUUGUUCAUGAAUAUGGUUCUAACUGGAGCUUGGUUAGUGAAACACUCUACGGUAUGACUGCUGGAGGAUCAUACAGGGGGAGAUACCGUCAUGCUGUCCAUUGCUGCGAGAGAUUCAGAGAACUAGUCCAAAAAUAUGUUUUGUCCAUGACAGACAAUGCUAAUCACGAGAGGGGCAACAAUGCUGGCUCUGGGAAGUCUCUUCUUAAAGUUACAGAGGAUAACAUUAGGAUGUUGUUAGAUGUCGCCUCUGAGCAGGAAAAUAGGGAGUUAUUACUGCAAAAGCAUUUUUUUGCACUGCUUUCUUCUGUGUGGAAGGCAGGAUCACAUGUUGACCGAAGGCAAAAUCCGCCCCCCACACAAAAUGGCCACUAUGGUUUCUUUACUUCCACCGGGCAUAAUUCUCAGAGCCUUAUGAAGAAGCCUUCUGAAAGGAUGACGGUCACUAAUCUGGCAGAGAGCAGAAAGUUAUUGGCUGCUGCACUUGAUGACACCGGCAGUAGGCAGCAGCAUGACAAAAUCUCCCUCUCAAAUAAGAGUGACAAUGUGCCACUGACCACAGAUCAGCUGGUUGUGUCUCUGGAAUUCCCGAAAGAAGAGAAUGACACCUUAAUCUCAUUCCCUUCUGUUAUAAAUUUAUCUAUACAGGAGACGGAACCCCUACCAUCGUUAAUUUACCCUAUUGGGGAAGAUAAUCAUCUUAGAGCUUGUGGAUCUGUUGCUGAGGAUCGUUUCAGGGAGGCAGCCAGAGCUUGCGGGGAAGAUAGUUGUGGAUGGGCUUCAUCAGUAUUCCCAACAAAUGAUGCAAGGUCCAGAGCAGGAUCCAAGAUACAAGCUUCGGGGAAGCACAAGUCUUCCAUCUCAGACUCCAUUAAGCCUUCUAAGUCAAAGUCCAAACGAAAUUCAUCAGAUACUUGUGAGAUGCGUCACCAACGGGUUGAGCCAUUAUUCCAGUCAAUGCCAUCACUUGAAGCCAAGGAUCUGAGAAUUGAUCUUAAUUCAUUAGCAAUGGACGAAGCGGGGGCUGAUAAUAUGGAUUGCAAUCUACCCUUUGUCCUGAAUGAGGAAAAUUCGUUGGAAACAGAGACUUUUGGCAUGGUUCCACAUGAUUUCGUUGCUGGCUUAAUCUCAGGCCUUGAUGAUUGUUCAGAAUUGCCAGAAUAUACCGACAUUGGAUAAGACCACCAAACCAAGCCUGACUCAAACAUCUGAAUGUUCCGUCGCCGCCAUUGAUUACUGGGUUACUCCUGGCAUGUUAUUAUUAUUGGUCAAUCCAUGAAUUACCCAGGGCUGACUAUUGCUCAAUAUGUUUUUACCAAGCUCCUUGGGCAUGAGAAAUUUGGAUUCAUCGUUUUCAGAAUAUGCAAAAACAAGUUGAAGUUAAAUUACUCGACAACUUGUUGAGAAGGUGGGAAUGUUAGAGGAGCAUCCACACGAGCCUGCAGGACAAAACGGUUGAGGUUCAGGAUACAUAGGCAGUUGUAGAACGUAAGAUCAAUAAUUUGUUAAUGCUGAUUUAAGGCUUCAGUUCAAAUUUUGACGAGUAAAUUUUAUCCAUUGGAAGGACUGAGGUAUUAUGAUUAUGGCGUUAAAGAAAAGGUGACGUCCCUUCACCA